UUGGUUUCUCUUCAAUUAUAGUGGGAAAAUGAAUAGACAAAAAUCAUUAGAAAAUUAGAAACGUAAAGAAGAAAAAGCUCAAAAGAAAAAAAAAAGUCGGCUAGGCUUUCCUUCCCCCGCGUUUGCGCAUCUCUCUCUCCGUCUUCUUCAUCUUCAAGCAAAAACAAAACACUCUCCUCUCUCCUUCACCACUCACUCUUCUCUCUCUCAACUCUAAUCAAACCCUCUCUCUCAGCUUAAACACGUUUUUGGGGAAAAACGGAACUAAAAAGCUCUGAAGCUUGAUAGUUUGAAGAAGAGAACAAGUAUGCACAGGUGGAUCUGUUGUGGGCGUAGUUCAGGAGAUUCAGAUGUAUCGAAUGAUGAGCAACAUCUGAAAACUCAGUGGCAGCAAUCUGAUGCAGCACAUAAUAAGCCGAAACCACAAGCUGUUGCGAAGCCUGAGGCGCCAAAGGAAGCUCUUCCCAUUGAAGUUCCUCCCUUGUCUGUGGAAGAGGUUAAAGAAAAGACUGACAAUUUUGGAUCAAAGUCACUGAUUGGCGAGGGAUCUUAUGGAAGGGUAUAUUAUGCAACUCUAAGUGAUGGUAAAGCAGUUGCUUUGAAGAAACUCGAUGUUGCCCCUGAAGCUGAAACAAACUCCGAGUUCUUGAGUCAGGUUUCCAUGGUUUCAAGAUUGAAGCAUGAGAAUUUCAUUCAGCUGGUUGGUUAUUGUGUUGAUGAGAACCUCCGUGUUCUUGCUUAUGAGUUUGCAACAAUGGGAUCACUGCACGACGUUCUACAUGGUAGGAAGGGAGUUCAAGGUGCACAGCCAGGUCCAACACUUGACUGGAUAACGAGGGUGAAGAUAGCCGUUGAGGCAGCUAGGGGUUUAGAAUACCUUCAUGAGAAGGUUCAGCCUCCUGUAAUACAUAGAGACGUGAGAUCUAGCAAUGUGCUUCUCUUUGAAGACUAUCAAGCAAAAGUUGCUGAUUUCAAUCUCUCAAAUCAAGCUCCUGACAAUGCUGCUCGUCUUCACUCUACAAGAGUCUUGGGCACCUUUGGCUAUCACGCUCCAGAAUAUGCUAUGACUGGACAGUUGACACAGAAGAGUGAUGUCUAUAGCUUUGGGGUUGUACUCCUUGAGCUUUUGACAGGGAGGAAACCUGUGGAUCAUACAAUGCCACGUGGCCAACAAAGUCUUGUAACCUGGGCUACACCGAGGCUUAGUGAAGACAAAGUGAAACAGUGUGUUGAUCCAAAGCUAAAAGGAGAAUAUCCUCCUAAAUCAGUAGCUAAGCUAGCAGCGGUAGCAGCAUUGUGUGUGCAAUACGAAUCAGAGUUUAGACCGAAUAUGAGUAUAGUUGUGAAAGCUUUGCAGCCACUUCUCAAAACUCCAGCACCAGUACCAGUAACAGAGUCCUGAGUUUGUGCAACAGAGUUGGAUUCUUUGUAUCAUACAAAGUUAGAAUCUUUCUCUUUGAUUUGGGGAAGAAAAAAAACAAAAAGUAUAAUAAUAAGAUCAUAUUUAUUGGAGGGGAUGGAAUUAUUAGUUUGCAUUUUGUUGUGAAAACAGACAGGCUUUCUAUGUUGCAUGUGUCAUGUCUGGAUUGGAAACAUGCUUUUUUGGCUUUGCAUGUAUUGCAUCUGCUGUUCUUUGAUUUUUUUCUAUAUAGAUAAUUGAAUCAUUUGAAUAUUUGGUCACCAU